CUAGGAAAUUAAACUGGUUGCAGUACAUAAAGGGCUAUUUGAUUUGUGCUAUCGUUAUUUACUUCAACAAUGGAGCUUCCCGUCAUCGAUCUAUCUCCAUACUUGGAGCUCUCUGCUAAAUCUGGCCGAUCGUCGGCAAAUCUAGAGAACCAAUCCGAUCCCCAAUUGAAGGACUUAUGCUCCGAGGUCAGUCGAAUCCUGCGGGAAACUGGAGCUUUACUCGUUAAGGAUCCCAGAUGUUCUGCAGCCGACAACGAUCGGUUCCUUGACAUGAUGGAGAAGUACUUCGAGAAGCCCGGCGAAUUCAAGCGCCUCCAAGAACGCCCUCAUCUGCAUUACCAGGUUGGUGUAACCCCCGAAGGAGUGGAGGUUCCACGAAGUUUGGUAGAUGAGGAAAUGCAGCAAGAAUUAAAAGCAAUGCCUAAGGAAUCUCAGCCAGCUACUCCUGUGGGACCUGACCCUAAAUGGAGAUACAUGUGGAGAGUUGGCCCUCGGCCAUCUAAUACCCGUUUUAAGGAACUUAAUUCUGAACCUGUUAUACCUGAAGGUUUUCUUGAAUGGAAAGAAACCAUGGAUUCAUGGGGCUACAAGAUGAUUUCUGCAAUUGAGACUGUUGCUGAAAUGGCAGCAAUUGGCUUUGAGCUGCCAAGUGAUGCAUUCUCCUCUCUUAUGAACCAGGGACCUCAUCUGCUUGCUCCUACAGGAAGUGACCUUCAACGUUAUGGCCAAGUGGGAAAGGUGUUUGCUGGAUAUCACUAUGACCUCAACUUUUUAACCAUCCAUGGCAGGAGCAGAUUUCCUGGUCUCAACAUUUGGUUAAGAAAUGGGCAAAAAGUUGAAGUUAAGGUUCCUGUUGGGUGUCUACUCAUCCAGACAGGAAAGCAGCUAGAAUGGCUGACUGCAGGAGAGUGUAGAGCUGGCAUGCAUGAGGUUGUUGUGACUGACAGGACGAUGGAGGCAAUCAGACUAGCACAACAACAAAAUAGGAGCCUGUGGAGAGUUUCUUCAACAUUGUUUGCACAUAUUGCAUCUGAUGCUGUGCUUAAGCCAUUGGGCCACUUUGCUGAUUCCCCACUAGCUGGACAGUAUCCUCUCAUAUGUGCGGGCGAGUCUGUUGAGAAAGAGCUUGCGGUGAUAAAUCUGAAAGGAAAGAAAGAAUAACAUUGAUAAACUGUAUCAGAGGAAGCAGGUUUCAAGGUCACAAAAUGAAUCUAAUGGAACACAAGUGAGAUAAAUGAGGUCUCUCUGUCGAUUGACCAGGAAAAAAAAGGGAAUAAGGAGAUAAUUAUGUUAGUGAUUUUGCUUCUGAUUAUUCAUCUGGGAUAUUCCUAGAUUGUCAUAAUAUGUAUUCUGAAGUAUGGGAAUAUCCUUAAAAGAUACAGUUUUUACCUACAACAGUUAUCAUAUAUUGAGAUGUAAUUGCAAGGAAUGGUCUUUGGAAAUAAUGGAGUGAAAUUCUAAUCACAUUCCUCGUGUG